CAUAUAUUCAUUAACUACAACCAAAGGGAUAAGGGAAUGGUCAAAAAAAUAGUUGAGAGAAUCAAAGCAGCUGGUUUCAAUAUCUGGAUCGACUACGAAAAAGCUGAUGAAGAUUUUAUCGGUGCAAUAGCUUCCGCUGUUGAAAAUUCGUCGGUUAUCGUCGUGUGUGUAUCAGAACCACUUCGUCAAGACCCAAGGUGCAGAAAAGUUGCUAAUCAGGCAUAUAAACGGAACAAAGAUUUCAUCCCUCUUUGCAUGCAGUACAAUUAUAAACCCGAUGGUUGGCUGGAGCAUAUAACUGAUCGAAAAUAUAUCGAUUUCAGUGGCCAGGAAGCAAACUUUGAAACCAGCAUUAGUGAGUUUAUGGAUGUGCUGAGACGCCAGGAC